UCCCAGAAUGCACCGUGCCUGCAUAGUUGUGUUUCCUGUUUACCGUUGUGACGCUUUUGUUUGGCUGUUUUCCCUUAAUUGUCGAGGUUUCAAGUAGAUUGCUAUGGAUUUGUUUUGCCGCGAAUUGAUCAGAGAAGGAUUUGCCGAGGUGUAAAUUAAGCCUGGAAUAGUCGCAGCUCCCCAGUGAGAAAACAACAGAAGGGCCGUGAAGAUCAGCCCUAAUGGAAGAGACAGAAACAGUGCUGACCUGCUCCGAGCAGGACGCUUUAGGAGCAGACUUCAUCACGGUGGAACUUGACACCCAGCCCAUCGAAUAUGUGGUCAAGUGGGCCGAGGUGGGCUCGAAAUUCACUAUAGCCUGUGUGAAAAAGGAUUUGGACGAGGCUGCCUGCUUCACCUCCGAUCAGAUAGUCAAAGUGGAACCGGACGAGACGUUCUUUGUCCCUUACGAAGCGGUGUACCCCGAAUGUGACGAGGCAGAUCCAGAUUGGAUUGCGACGCAUGAGGAGGAGGUGGGCAGCGAGUCAGACUUCAACGAGAACAACACAGAAGCGGGGAAUAGCCAGUUGUGCGAAGAAGUGGACGUUUCGGAUGUCUGCUGGGAGAAGGAGGUGUCUCAUGCUAGAACGUAUAACUGCCGCUUCUGUGGCAAGAGCUACAGCCAUUCCUCCAGUCUUGCUCGCCAUCUGCAUGUGCACUCGGAUGGAUCCUCCUCUAAAGAUUUCAGCAAGUUGUGCGACAACAAAAAGUCUCUCCAGUGCAAUCUAUGCGGAGUGCGGUGCAACGGCAAGCGGCUUUUGGCGAUACACAAGAAAUGCCACAAAACCAAGAGACUGCACACAUGCGACACAUGCGGGAAAUCGUUCAAUCACAGCUCGAGUCUGUCGCGGCAUCGGUUGAUCCACAAAAAAGGCCUGGAUAAGGACGUCAGACCGUUAUACCCGACUCCAACCCCAGCUCCCAUCGUAACCCAGCACAGUUUCCCAUCCGGCCACGGCAUGAGUAAAAGAACGGUGGAGAAGCAGUACCAGUGCGCGCAAUGCGACAGAGUCUUUAGCCACUCCGCGGGACUCUCCAAGCACCAGGUGGCUCAUGUGAGACAGCUGCUCAACUCGUACACACACGGCAAAGACUCCCUCGACAAGUCCUCGGACCUCAAGAUCCGCUUGAAGCUCUGCUCCCGCGACAAGCCCAACUACUACACCCUGUGCAAGAAGAACAAGCACGGUAAAGGGGGCAAGAAGAGGUUGUUCCUGCCCAACGAGGAGCGGCCGUACCCCUGCCGGAUUUGCAACAAACGCUUCAGCCACACCGCCAGCCUCUCGCGGCAUGAGCACACGCACGCCAGCAACAUGUGCUACGCCUGCAACAUCUGCAGGAAGACCUUCAUGCGGCUCUCCAACCUCAAGCAGCACCAGCAAACGCACGCUAAGGGAAAACUCUACAAGUGCCCACAGUGUGGGAAAACUUUCGUUCACUCCUCCAGCUUCUCGCGCCAUAAGAAAGUCCACGCGGCGAUGAGCCUGUCUUCGAAACAGGAAGUUGUUAUGUGCGAAGAGGAACUGGUCAUCGAUGAGGUGGCCCCGCUGGAAUACGAGUCCGAGUGAGAAAGACCGAGGCUCUGGAACUGUCGAGGCUUUUCUUUUCUUCUUUUGGUUUGUUUUUGUUUACCCCUCAUUCUUAUUUUGCGAAAUCGUAAUUUGGGUGUGGCAUGACUGGCUGUGUGGUUUCAAUUGAAUACUAUUGUAAUUAUUAUAACCCUUUUCAGCCACUUUUAGGGGAUAUAGUAGAUAUAAAAAGUGUUUUUGUUUUCUUGGUUGACAUUCCUUUGUGUUUUGUUCAUUCGGUUUAUUUGCAAGCCAAAUUGUGUAAUUUAUGUCUCUGAAAUUUUAGGUAUUAACAAGAAAAUCAACAGAGAAAAGCGGAUGGCAUUGGCAAUGCAGGUGUUAUUUAUUUUAAUUUUUUGUUGUGCUUGCACUGAAUCUGUGAAGCCAGAAGAAAGUACUUAUUGGGGUGAGGGGAGAAGGUAAUAUUAAAUUCAAGUUUGUUAGUAGGAAACCAGAGUUUUGUAUGCCAGAAGUAAAUUAAUAUGCAAUUUACUUGAACGUUGUUCUAUUUAAGUGUGCGGUUUGAAUCAGUUAUUUCUCCUGUAAUUAUAUUUAGUGACCUAAUUUCUUAGACCAACAAGUUCAAGGCUUUUCUCAUCUGAAGUCUGGAGACACAAAAACAGGUUUUGCUGUUUGGUUUUAUGGGAUAUAUAUAAAAAAAACUGUAUACAGUUCCAGUAUAAACCGCUGGACGAGUGCAAAUGGAGGAGCUGUACUCCGGACUAACAAGUGUUUUGGGGUGUUUUGAUUGUUCUGCAUUUGACUAGUUUCCUCACCAUGUUGUCUUUGGUACUUAUUUCCUCUUUGAUGUUCUUUUGUCAAAAUAUGAAAUCCAUUGUGUCCAUGGAGGGUAUUUAUAAAAAAAAAUAAGAAAAAAAGAUGCUUAUUGGAC